UUGCAAUGUUAUCUCCUAAUAAUCUCAAGGAUGUUCUUUGUAGGAACCCACAUAUUGAUAUGGAGGUCAUAUGUUGUGCACCCAAGGAAGUUAUGGUGUAUUACCUUUUCACAAUGGUUUGUUUAUGUGUAAGAUUGAUUCAUUAUGAACGAAAUUGUUUGCAACUUUUUGUACUAACAUCAUGUUUGUUGUCUGUACAGGGAAUUUUUGAAGAGACGGUUCAAAAACCCGAAACAAUGGAAAGGGAUAGGAAUAUGGAUAUAUGUCAUGCUUUUAAGCGCCAAAAGGAUGUCGACGACGAGUGGUUGGUUAGGGCGAUCCGGGCGGGUUCAGAUCUUUGCCACUCGGAGGAGAGCACAAUUGCCAACGCUGACUUCAACGUAGACAAGGUGUCAGGAGGAGAGGCUGCAGAGAACCAAAUAUGACAUGGGAAGUUUCCAACAUCUGACAUGCGAAUGGGGCAAUUUGUUUCCUUGUGAGGGCAAAAGCUUGAGUGGUUUCCUUUCUUUGGUCGUUUUUAUCUGUAAGUUGUAGAUUUCUAAACAGUUCGUUUAUGGCCUAAUGUCAAUUGUUCAUGAAAUUCAGGGCUGGUGUAGAAUUGUCUUAACUG